GUUGCCAGCACUCGAAGCAGGCCAUCUACAGCACACACCCACCCCUCUCGGCUCGCCACCCAACUCGCUCCCAGCACCCACCGCCUCAUCGCUCCUCGUCCUUCCCCCGCUCCAACCUCGCCGUCACAAACUCGACAUGGCUGCCUCUAGCCGCUCCAUCUGGAGCGGGAACCUCCCCGUCUUCUUUGUACUCGUCUGCCUCCUCUGCAUCGUCCCUUCGGCCCACGCGUUCGGCGCAGGCAACAUCCCGUCCUACUCGUUCCUCGAGGGCAAGGCCUUCCGCCAUGGCGACAUCGAGGACGCGCUCGCAGAGCUCAUCAAGAAGUCGGGCGGCAUCCUCGGGCGCGGGUCCAAGUUCGGCGGCCUCGACAUCAAGCGCGUCUACUUCGGCAACUGGCUCCGCGACUACUCGCAGGCGAUGGACAUCGCGGGCCUGACCAAGUUGGCCAAGCAGACCAUCCUGAACCUCGUCAUGGCACUCGGCUUCCUCGCCCACGGCUACGCGACCGGCGAGUUCGAGGUGACCGACGAGCGCCUCGGCGUCUACCUCUGCACCGAGCACAUCGACAACCCCAAGGGCUACGCCGCCGAUCAACCCGGCGGUGACGCACGCCGCGUCGACCCUCGCCUCCGUGGACCCGUCAUGGACGUCGAGCUUCAAGUCGACCCGCGCACGGGCAUGAAGAACUACAUCGCCAACGAGAACGGCAACUGGGACACGUCGUCGCGCCUGGUUCGCGAGCGCAUCGUCCAGUGCAUCGACAUGGGUCGUCGGGCGCGCAACGGCGGCGGCGAGACGGCCGUCUACGAGGCGUACCGCCUCCUCGGCACCCUGCUCCACACGCUCGAGGACUUUACCGCCCACUCGAACUGGUGCGAGUUGAGCCUCCUGCGCCUCGGCUACUCGCACGUGUUUCCGCACGUCGGCGACGGCGUUCGCGUCCAGAGCCCGGCCGGCCCGUGCCCGCCGCUCGUCACCGGCACGUUCGGCGGCAGCGACUUUAUCCACUCGCUCCUCGGCGAGGCGACCGACCACAUCUCGGAGGCGAGCGUCUCGGACCUCGCCAAGGCCAUGGACGGCGCGCGCUCGACCGACCGCGGCAUCGGCGGCUCCUCGACGUCCGACACGCUCCGCAAGCUCCUGUUCGACCUGCCCGGCUCGAGCGGCUCGGACCUCUCGCGCGAGAUGGGCGACAUCGAGGACAUCCGGUCGAGGGCGGCCAACGGCUCGUUGAGCGAGUUGAGCCCGCAGGAGCUUCACGCGACCCUGUGGAAGGUCCUCACUUUCCGCGACAAUGUCGUCAAGGGCAUCGAGAACACGAUCGAGAAGAUCCCGGGCCUGAGCGCGCUCACCGAGAAGAUCACCAACAGCGUCAACGCGUUCGUCUUCACGACCAUCGAGCCGAUGAUCAAGCCUAUCAUGGGCCAGGCCACCCAGGUCCUCACGCAGGGCUCGGCCGCCGUCAUCGACAACCCUGAGCAGUACGAGGUCUUCUCCAACCCGCACGCGAGCGACCCGAGCCACUCGUUCCUCAGCAAGGACCACUUCGCCCUCCUCCUCAACGAGCCCGCCGGCCAGGUCGCCGUCGUCAUCCUGUCGUACACGGUCAAGCUCAUCGUCAAGGCGUGGGAGGACAACUCGCAGAACCCGCAGGACAUCGCGCACAAGGUCCUCGCCGCGUUUCACCACCCGUACUUCUACGACGACUCGCAGGAGAUCCAGCGCCUCAUGGGCGAGACGCUCAAGAAGUGGAUCGAUGGCCAGAGCGCCGAGGACAAGCGCUUCAUCCUUGCCGGCCUCACCAAGGACGCCGUCAAGUCGCACAAGAACCGGCGCAAGGGCCACGAGGCCGACCAAGAAGGACACGGCGCUCACGGCUCCUACAACUCGGUCCUCAUGCCGCAAGGCGUCGGCGCGUUCGCCCAGCAGCACGUCCCGGGCGCGCAGGGCGCGAUGAACACGUUCAACCAGGCCCAGCACAAGAUCAACCACGUCAGCAACCAGUUCAACCAGGCGACGAGCGGCGUCUGGGGCGGCGGCGGCGGCCAGCACGGCGGCAGGCGUGACUACGACGAUGGGCAAAGCGGCGGUUUCCAGGAGCCGCAGAGCGGGUACAUGCCUCCGAUGGGAGCCCCGCCCCAGGCCGUUCACGGCGGCGCGCCGCAGUUCAACGAGUUCAACCAGCCCCACACGUCGAGCGGCUACCCCGGCGCACCUCCUCCUCAGCCUCAGCACUCCUACGGCGGCAGCGCCCCCUCGUUCGGCGGCGGUGGGCCCUCGUACGGCGACGACGGCGGCUACGGCGGCGGCGCACCGGGCUUCGGCGGCCAGCAGCACCACCACCAGCAGGGUCCGCCGCCUCCUCAGUUCGGCGGCGGCGGCGGCGGCGGCGGGUACGGCGGUCCGCCGCAGGGAGGGUACGACGGCGGGUACGGUGGGCAGCCGCAGUUUGGCGGCGGCGGCGGUGGCGGGCCGCAGCAGCACUUCGGCGGGCAGCCGCAGUUCGGCGGAGGAGGACCGCCGCCGCCGCCGCAGGGCGACUUUUAUGGCCAGCCGCAGCACCAGCAGGGCGGGCAGCACGGCCAUCACGGCGGGCAGGGUGGGUACAACGCCGGCUACCCUGGCGGCAACGGCGGCGGCGGCGGGUACUAUUGA